AUUAUUUCGUCCAUCAGAGGUUUGAGAGAGAAAGAGUGCGCAGAGUGAGCGAGAGCAUAGCGGUGGAGUGUCGCCACUGGUAACUCCGACGAUUUUUCUCGUUUGCGUAAGCCGAAAGAUCACUCUUUUUUUGGUGUCGACUCUGUUUCUGCCGUAUGAUUCUUUUGGAACCCUAGUCACAGGUUUUUGAUUUUGCAUGGUUUAUUGUAGCGAGUUAAUUUUUUCCGCAUAUGGGUCUUGAUUCUUCUUUCGUUAACUCUUCUGGGUUUGCCGAUUUUCAAUCAAACAAUCUUGAAAGAUCAAAUCUUUUCCUCUACGAGCUGCAACGCGAAGGUGUGAUCUUUCCACUGAAACUAGCUAUCAAGAUGAAUUCAUUUCCUGCACAAAACCUUAUGCUAUCUGCUACAAACGCAAACAAGGACUCAGGCUUGCGUACGUCUAAUGCUCAUUGGUUACAUUCAUGUAUCGCCGUUCCAAAGACCACAGGCAUUGAUCUUUCUCAGGAACCUCCUGCUGAAGGUGUGAUGGUGCCUCAAUCUCAUUUGUUUCCUCCUCCUAUUAGAGAUUCCAGAAACGAUACUGAAACUGUGAAACAGAAGUCCGUAAAUCAGUCUCCUUCGAAAGCUUUGAAGCCAAAACCGCAAAGGAAGAAACGCUCUGUAUCCAACAAGUCAAAGAAAACACCUAGCAUACCAGAAACAAAACGUGAGAAAAAGAAUCUGGACAUCAACAUUGACAUCUCAAGCUUUGAUACUUCUGGGGUUCCUCCUCCUGUAUGUUCAUGUACAGGCGUUUCAAGGGUUUGCUACAAAUGGGGCAUGGGCGGUUGGCAAUCCUCAUGUUGUACCAUCAGCAUAUCGACAUACCCACUACCCAUGAGCACAACAAGACCUGGAGCUCGUCUUGCAGGAAGAAAAAUGAGCAAUGGUGCUUAUGUUAAGCUCCUUGCGAGGCUUGCGGACGAAGGCUAUGACCUCUCUCACCCUCUUGAUCUCAAGAACCAUUGGGCCAGACACGGUACUAACAAGUUUGUGACCAUCAAGUAGUCGUUUCAUUAGUUGGGUUUGAUUUAGAUAUUAGCUUUUGUGGCUUCUUUUUAAGUCCUUUUCACAGUCUUAGCCUUUUGGUAUAUAUUUGGGAGUACUGUAUUUGCUAUAGUAGAGGUAUCCUUUACUUGUUUCCCCUGAAGUAGAGUAUAUUUCCUGCAAAAAUCCCAACAGUCGUGGAAACACAUUAUGGCAUGAACUUGGGUAACUUCGGUCAUGCAACACAUUGCUUUGGAAUUCACAAAUAAAUUUCAAUAAGAAAUGAAUAUUAGCG